AUGGUGCAAAUACAUAUUUCCGGACAGCUCAAUCCGACCCAUUCUACCUCCAAUACUGUGAUACUUGUAGAACUUCAAGGAUCCAUUGAAGCUCAAGCUAUUGUUGGCUCGGACAAUCAGGUUUCUGUUUCUGGCAUCCAUAUUGGUGAAAUGUUUAUCGACAAGGACACUGCUCUGCUGUACAUUGGAAAUCAUAUUCUUGAUGGCCGUAAAGUCGGACUAUUAAAACCUUUGGCAAUCUUGGCAAAAGUAGCUUCGACCCAACCUCAUGGUAUGGCUAUAAGCAAUCAAAAUAAUGGGCCAGACAUCUCUGCACAGGAUUCGCAAAGUGUUGUAAAUAUACAAGAUCGGUCAAAGCAACACAUAUUCUACGAAGCAGUCCAUCUUAUCACUCAUAAAUAUGUUUUUAAAACCCGGCCACAACAUCUGGUCACUGCUCACAACAAAGACUUUGCUGGACUGACUCCACAUAUACCCAGUGUGAAACGGUGA